UUUUUUUUGGUGCAUUGAAUUAUUAAUAGGUUCUCGACCGCUAUCAGUUUUAGAUUAAAGAUAUAUUCAAUUAUACCAGGAUUAUUCAUUUAAGUUGUUUUUUUCUAUUUGUUAGUGUAUUGAUAGGUUUUCCAAUUGAUGAUCAUGUCGGAGACUCAAACUAUUUUAAAGUUUAUUAAUCAAAAUAAAGCCAAAAAAUCUCAAAGUGAUAACAAAGCUGUCAGUGGUUAUGGGUCAGGAUGGCCGAUUGAUUCAUCUAGUUGGAACUUGGUACCUAAGAGAAUACCUUUAGGUCAUCAAUUUCCAUUUAAUAGAUGUGAUUUGAAUACAUUAAAAGAUUCCAGAAACUCGAUUAAAAGUGGAUUACAACAUUCAAUUAAACACUAUAAUGAUUCAAGUAUCAAUGUUAAAAGAUUAAUAAACACCUUUAUUAAACAACUGUCGCCGUCAUUUGAAUCCAAUACCAAAGAAGAGGAAUUUUGCGUCAGUCCAAAAGUCAAUUCAAAUUUAAGUCUCAGUCCAAUAUUAUCGAAUAAAUUAACUUUUGAUGAAGAUUUAAUUAAGAUUCGAGAUAAAAUAAGCAAAUUGAUCCUUAAAAGAUUUCCAACCAUUCAAUUCGAUAAAGAUAUCAAAGAAGUUAUUAAUUUCACAAUCAAUAGUUUUUUACAAGAAUUCGAAGCUCCAGAUAUUCCAACAAUAUGUAAUGAAAUUAUUAAUCUAGGGAACCAAGGAUCGUUAAAUGAAGAACUUGAUUGUUUAUUCAUUGAUCAGUAUAAUCAAGUCAAAGUAUUCACCUUUUUGGAUUACAUGCUAUUCCAUUUAUCAUCAAAAGACGAUAAUUCCAAUACUAAUCAAGAAAUAGAUUUGAACAAUCCAAAAAUGUAUGAGAAAUAUCUUGAUAUAUGGAAGUUAAAUCCAAAAGAUUUUAAAGAUUUCGAUUACAAAGCAAUUAAAAGCGAAAUUCGUAUUGAUUCAAAUUACUGUCAUGGCUUACCAGAUAUUACCGAUAGUUACGGUGAAAUUGGUUUACUAAUGAAUUUUGAAAAAUUUUAUCACUAUUUUGAUCAGUCGCUAAGUUUUAAUAAUGGUUUAGGCAAAAGAAAAAAUUUUUAUAUUCCUAAUCAUAAAACUAACGCUGAUGCAAAUGAACAAUUGGAAUUACGUAUGACUCUUGAUAGAAUGCGUAUCAACAGUUUUAAAGAAACUAAAACUAAAAGCCCUUCCCCUUCCUUAUCAAAUAAAAAAUCUUUAAGGUUUUCCGAUGAAAAUAAAGAAUUGGGUUUCUAUAAAUCUGAACCUCCCUCUUUCAUUAAUCUUUGGGAAGAUAUUGAUGAUCGAAAAGAUGCCAACUCUACAAAUUCUACAACUUCCAUCUUACCUCCUAGUCAGCCACUCACUUUAGAAUCCAGAGGUGGUCCAAUCGAAGCAUAAGCCUUCAAAUGAUCUUCUUAGCUUGAUCUGAUGAGCCUUCAAAUAAACCUCACUCAUGAACCUUAUGACCACGCAUGCUUUCAGGGUAUAGACCCGAGUAGAACUAAUAAAUAAC